GAUAAGCAACGACACACAGAGUACUAACAGGCACACCAGAGGCCAGCGCAUCAUCAGCAUCAUCAUCAUCUUCUCCUUCUCCGUCCCCAAUAUCGUGGUAGUUCAGUUUCUUCUCUUCAUUUAUAGCUCUAACCAGUGAGAGUGAGAAGGGGAUCGAGUUGCAGAAUAGAAAAGAAAGAGAUAUGGAAGCAAACAACACAGUUGGGCUUGUGGCUCCUUUCGUGUUAAAGACGUAUCAGAUGGUGAACGAUCCUUCCACGGAUUCGGUGAUCUCAUGGGGCAAAGCCAACAACAGCUUUGUAGUGGUAGACCCAAUUAAUUUCUCUCGCGAGCUUCUUCCUACUUACUUCAAGCACAACAACUUCUCAAGCUUUGUUCGUCAGCUCAAUACCUACGGAUUCAGAAAGGUGGAUCCAGAUAGAUGGGAAUUCGCGAACGAGUCGUUCUUGAGAGGGCAGAAGGAAUUGUUGAAGAACAUCAUAAGAAGGAAGACAAAUCGAAGUAGUUCCUAUGAAACAGAGCCCAAAUUAGAGGAUGGGACGAUGACAGAGGAGGAGGGCAUCUUAUUAGAGCUCUCAAGGUUGAAGCAGGAGCAAAAGGCAUUAGAGGAAGAGCUCCAAGGUAUGAACGAGCGGUUACAGGCCACGGAGCGACGGCCUCAACAGAUGAUGGCUUUUCUGUUCAAGGUAGUUGAGGAUCCUGAACUCAUCACUCGAAUGAUGCUCCAGAAGGACUCUUCCAGGCGUCUUGGGGUUGAGGAUAAGAAAAGAAGACUCAUGAUUGAAUCCCCAUUUUCCUCAGGAGCGCCGUCGGCAAAAACAACCCCCUCCACCACCACUACAACUACCACUACAUCGAGUAGCAGCAGAGCAGAGGAAGAAGAGGUUUCAUUACCGUUACCAGAGAUGGUGUUUGGAGCAGAGAGCUAUUGCGAUUCACCGACAUCGAACACAUCGCCUUGGUUGAACAGUAGUCAAGUGGUACCUGUGAUGAGUACUCAUCAUACGACGUCCUUUCUUCAAACACCAGAGGCUUUACUUUUAGCCACUGCACCCACCGUUCCGUCUACUUCUGCCACCGCGACUUGGUCGCAUCCACAACCACAGCAAAUCGUCUCAGUCCCAGACCACGUUAACUCAGUGAUGUUUUUCCCGGAAUUGUGCGGCGGAGUCGGUUUCGGCGGUGGCGUGGAGAUGAACGAUACAAAGAAACAACCACCCUCACCGCCUUAUCCAUUUUACCCAUUCUCCCUCCUGGGUGGUGGGGGCAGUGGCGGGUGUGGCCUAUAGUCUCUACUCUCCGAAAGUCGAGAUUUCUUCCAUAGUCCAAACUAAAAUUACCUAAGAACCUUUGCCUUUCUUACAUUUAUUUUAUGGUUCGAUGUCAUUUUUAGUUAAAUUUUUUGAGUUGUUCUGUAAAUGGCCUCAGAAAACAGAGCAAACUAAUGAGAGAGAGGAGAGAAAAAUGAUGUCCAAUGAAUGGUUAAAAUUCGCCCCAUCUGGAUGGAUAUGGAUUGAGGAUAGUUACCCCAAACUUCUAUGAUAAAUGGGCAAUAGUCUUGAGAGUUGAGACACCAUUGUCGGUAUGUAUCGGUCACCGUCGAUACAGGGUCAGUUAGUUGUAUGUAUCGACCUAUUUGAAAUCUAAUAUUUAUAUAGAUUUUUUUCUUUUUUGGAAUGAUUCAA